CAAUUUUAAGCUGUGAAUACUUUAACAAAAGUUUAUUAACCUCCACCUACCUGCUUUUACCACCUGUUCACCACUUCUAUAUAUUAGUAAUUACUAAUUAGUAAUAGUAAUAUACAGCUACCAUAUAUUAUAUAUUUUUAUAACAUUCAAAGACAAAAAGAGCAUUAGUUAUGGAUCAUUCCGCGUAAGUAUUUAAUAUCAGGAAAUGGACAGCAACAAGAUAUGGAGGCAUAUGAAAGCAGAGAAUGUAGUUAUGCCAGCAACUCCACUCUUCAGGGACUUAUUGAACAAGCAGAAUUAGACUCGUUUGAUUAUCCUUUUUAUGCACCAUACAAGGAUGAAGUGGAAACGAUUGUUCAAACGGAAGGUUCAUUCGAUCCUGAUACCAUUAAGCUUUUCCAAAUGAACUGGGAUGAGAGGGACAAUGAUGAUGACGUUUGUUUCGAUGCCUAUAGCAGUGGUAAACAUGUAGCAAGAACCAUGAGAGCUGUUUUAGAACAAAUGCUUGUUAGCCAUUUUCAAUUGGCUAAUUCCGUUGUUGACUAUUUGUUUCAGAGAUAUGCAUAUCAUUUGGCUUGUCAUUUCUUGGUUCAAAAAGGUAAGUUCUGUUGAGUUCAUAGAAUUGUGAAUGGAAAAUGUAAAAAAAAUGGUAGAGAAGAGGAGAUAUGCAUAUCAUUUGGCUUGUCAUUUCUUGGUUCAAAAAGGUAAGUUCUGUUGGGUUCAUAGAAUUGUGAAUGGAAAAUGUAAAAAAAAUGGUAGAGAAGAGGAGAUACCAAUUUGGAAAGUGUACUCCCAAAAUUGGAAAGUUCACUAAUUCUCCCACAUUAGUGGGAGAAGGGAACUUUGGAGUAUUUAGAAUGAUGAAUACUUACUCCACAUGAUAAGUGAGGCAAGAAAUAAGAGAUGCCUCGCGCCGUCGUCGUCGUCGCUUGCUCGGCUUCGACUUCGACUUCGGCAAAUGAUCGAUCGAUGAGAUCUAUGCACUGUUUCUUUUCGACUGAACUGAUAUAUUGUUUCUGUUUCGACUGAACAAAUGUAAUUCUUCAAUGAAGUGAUGCACUGUUUCGAACAGGUGCACUAUUUGGUGAAAUGGUAUACAUGUUCAGUAAAAAUGCUGCAGACAUGCAUUUUCAGAAACAUCACACCAUUUAAGUGAACCAAUGUCACCUUUUCGAAGAGGCAUUUGCUAGGCGGUAUAAACCUGCUUUCCUUCACAGGUUUUGAUAUGAAAUUUUCAGAAUAAAAACUCUCUUCUUUUCUUUACAAAUAUUCUGUGUGAUCAAUCAAAACGUUCUGUACGUUCGAAGAAUCCGCCUAUUUGAAGUACCGCUAUAGUCGAAUUGAAGGCCAUUUUAUUCUGGGAGGAAGAUUCCAUAACCUCGGGUACAAUGAGGGGAAUUAUUCCUUAAGAAAAAUCGGUGAAUUCGGACGACUUGAUCUUAUUCAUUUUUGUUUCAUCUAUUUUCUAAAAAAUAAAAUACACCUCUUGGAAAGGUCAUUUUGAUCUUGUGUUGAGGGUAUUUGAUAUAAUUCAUUGUAUUCUUGUUUAUAUACUUGAACUUUAGUUGAAGUUGUUGUUUCUACU